AUGAAGACACUCUCGACCACGCUCGUGGCGGCACUCUUUGUGGCCACAGGCCUUGCUGCACAGGACGUCACGCCGACCCAGACGAUUUACGGACAAUGCGGCGGCAGGACCUGGAAUGGCCCGACGGCGUGCCAGACGGGCACCACGUGCAACCCCAACAGCGAAUGGUUCUACCAGUGCCUGGAUCCGGCGGGCAUUCAGUCGGUGCAAAGUGCGAACGAUGAUGACAACGACAACGACGACAACGAUGACAACAACAACAACAAUCCAGCGCCGGCCAGCUCUCAAGCAGGUCCACCCGGCGGGUUCCGUGGUGGCGGUCCUGGCCGGGGCCGUCCAACCGGACGGCCGGGUUGGGGGGGUGGUCGACCCGGUGGGCGGCCAACAUUUACACAGCCGCCGCCGGCCAACACAGAACCGCCAAACAACAACAACGGCGGUAACAACGGCGGUAACAACGGCGGUAACAAUGGUGGCAACAAUGGCGGCAACAACGGUGGCAACAAUGGGAACAACGGCGGUGAUGUUGAUGGCAACGGCAACACAGUCAUCACUCGGACAAUCACGACCAUCUACAACGUGGGCUCUGCAACAAUAUCGACCAACAUCCCAUACCUCACGACGGCGCCAAAGCAUUAG